AUGGUGACUGACUUUGAUGAAAAACAUGAUGAAUACUUAAUAUCCCUUCAGCAGAGAAACCGGCUCCUGAGAUGUCUGAAAAGGAGGGAUCCCAUACAAAUCAAAUUGGAGCAGUUGGAGCAAGGAUUUUCUCUGUACCUGAAUGGAGCUAAUUCAGAGCGGAGAAAGCACCGCAGAAAAGCCAUCUCACGUGCCUGCCUGAACAGUGAGGCAAAGACCACCAGGACAAACACAGCCCAGCUAGAAGAGUUGCAAGAACGUAGCAGACAGACCGCACCAAGCAAAACACAGCGCAGAGGUUGGCUGCAGAAAACUGUGGAGAUUAAAACAGAAACGGGGUCUAAACUCCGCAUCAAACCUCCUUGUGAGUACUCUGAGGAUUUUGAACCUUAUGAAAGCUUGAGUGUGGAGACAAAUGGUGACACUCCUCUGCACCACCCCCAGAAAUUGAGAAGAAGCUUGCAACUCAGUGUGGAAGAGAAAAGGAUGGAAGAAGAUACUCUUAGUGAUGAUUCUGGCUCUGUUGAAGAGGAUGUGUUUUCAGAACAGUCUUCUACUGAGGAAACCAUUGCAAGCUUUGGAGGUUUCCAGCUGCAUAGCAGUAGAUCAGUGCAGAAAGAAACUUCUGAACAUCAGGAUGCUGGGGGUUGCUCUCGCCUUGCUUCUGGUGCCCUUACUGUGUUGGGGUUCAACCAGGAUCAGCAUAAAGUGAAGCCACCCCGAAUUCUCUCAGCAAAACGGAAAGAUAAUGCUGAAAUGUACAUUCCUGUCAGACCAGUCAUGGUAAAAAAUAAAACCACUCGACCACUCUCUGCUGAGUUCUUGCAGCAGGAAAGACAUGAAAGAGUUUGUUCUAGACCAUUAAGUCAACCAGAAAGAUCACUUUCAGCAGCUCGAAAGACUCUGUGUGAGAAGGAUCCUGAUCUCUCUGUUUCAGCUGUCAUUAAGGCAAUGCAAAUGGAAAAUGAAAUCCUGCAGAGACAGCUGCGGAGGCAGAGAACUUCCACAGGCCCUCAGAAGGAAUUUUCUGUCGUUACUUCUGCAAUGGCUGAACCCCCAGAAGAAGACCAGGCAAGGACUGCAGUCACCAAAGCUAUUGAGAGCUUUUGUCCUUUUGGAAGCAGACAACAGAAGAAACUUGUGAAAGUUCUUCAGGAGCCUGAGAGCCGUUCUGCCUGUGAUAAUGACUUGGUCCUCUCUGAUGACAAAGCUGAGAUAGAUUCUGUGUUGCGAGAGAAGGUGACAACCACUAUGGAAGUAUGUGAUGCCAUUUAUGUGACUAUGGAACUUCUUUCUAACUGGGGAGAUCCAAUGCAUGUGGGUCUGAGCAAGGUGGAAUUCUUUGAUUUAUGCAACAAAAAGAUAUUUGUGUCUCCUCAUGAUGUGGACAUUCGAAAUGCUGACAGCCCAGGGGAUUUGUGCUGCUUGGUCAAUAACAGCUUCAAAACCACAAGGGAAAGGCUUUGGAUGUGCCCUUUCCAUCCGCCCAUCCAACUUUACUUUGUUAUCCGCAAUCCCACCCGGUCACGUGACUUUGGUAUAUCCAAGAUCAAGAUCUGGAAUUACAACACAACAACUCCCAGUAACCUUGAUGUUGGAGUAAAGAAGGUGAAGUUAUAUGUUGAUGAGAACCUUGUGUUUGAUGGUGAAUUAGAGAGAGCCUCUGGAGAUCUCCUCACUGAGAACAGCACUACAAUUGACCUUACGAAUCACAAGCAAGAUAUCUCUGCAUAUUCUUCAAAUGAAAGGAAAGAAGUAAAUGUACCUGCAGUCACAGAGAACAAAGCAGGCCUACAUUUUCAAUGCUUACAGUCAAACAGUGCUUUACUAAACUGGAAAUCUCUGCCAGAAGAAAAUCUUCUUGAGCGUAAGAUGCACUCUGUCAGCUUUACCAAGAAAAACUUGUCUGAGUUACAGGAUGAUCCAGAGGUGUUGCCAUCUCAAGUUUGUUUAAAAGAUGCCAAGGAGGAUGCAGCAGUACAAGCAGUCAGGGAGAGUGUUCAAUCUGAUGAUGAACUUUCUUUGAGUGAGCAAAUGGAAAAGCUAACAGGAAGAAAACUAUCUGAUUCUACAAGUGCAUUUCCUCCUUGGUUACAGUCAUCUUCCCAAGUAACAGAAAAUCAUCAAGCUACUUCCAGUAAGGAGAAGCCUCCCUGGCUUGCUACAGAAUGUGGUUUAGGCUUGAGAUUUCAAACACAGUCAGAUGCACUAAUGAAAAACUUUUCAGAAAUGACUAAUGAGGAUGUCAAAUGGCAGAGAAAUGAACUGGGAAGAUCCAGUAGUAGAAAUGCAAAUGAAAAUGAGAGAUCACAAUUGCCAGCCAGAAGGGAUGGUGGUGAAGGCUUGGACAUAUUGGAGCAACUUUCUAACAAAAAUUCCUGCAGCUCACAGUACCCUACAAGUGGAAGGAGGAGUGUCAGACAUGGAAAGAAAGAGGGAUUGAACACUAUAAAUCUUGGAGAAGAUGGUUUUGCACUCGGAGAUGAGGGCUUUUCUAUCAAGGACGUAGCAACCCCUAGAGCAAAGAGGCACAAUGAACAAGAGCACACUCUGCAGGAGUCCUGGAACUCCUUGGUGAAGUUUAAUUAUUCUCAUCGGGGCCGAAUCUCUAACAUGGAUUUUCAAGGGGAUAUCUUUGAUGAGUUUCUCCAGCAGCAGAAAAUCAACCGGCCCGGAGACAAUCAGCACAUGAGAAGAGAGGGACUACCAACACUACCAAAACGGCAAGAAGAAGAGAAUUCCUUGGAGGCACAUGAUGGAAAUGAUUUUAAAAUUCCCGUUUUACCUUAUGGGCAGCGCUUAGUGAUAGACAUUCAGACAACAUGGGGAGACAGGCAUUAUGUUGGUCUUAAUGGAAUUGAAGUUUUCAGUUCUAAAGGAGAGCCUGUUCAGAUUUCAAAAAUAACAGCUGAACCACCUGAUAUAAAUAUUUUACCAGCUUAUGGCAACGAUCCCAGAAUAAUAACCAACCUAAUUGAUGGUGUAAAUCGGACGCAGGAUGACAUGCAUCUUUGGCUAGCACCAUUUACCCCUGGAAAACCUCACUUUAUCUUUAUUGACUUUGUGAAUGCCUGUCAAGUAGCUAUGAUUAGGAUUUGGAAUUAUAAUAAAUCUCGCAUACAUUCUUUCAGAGGUGUGAAAGACAUUGUAAUGGUGUUAGAUGAACAGUGCAUCUUCAAAGGAGAAAUUGCAAAAGCUUCAGGAACCCUGUCUGGAGCUCUCGAGCACUUUGGGGACACUAUAUUGUUCACUACUGAUGAUGAGAUCCUUGAAGCAAUAUACUGCUAUGAUGAGACACAUGAUGGAGAAACAGAAAAUGCCAGCUCCUUGAGAUACGAGGAAGAGCUGAAAAGGCCAACAACUGCUGACAGGGAGGGAGAUGAAAGACCUUUUACACAAGCAGGCUCAAGAACAGAGGAUCAACAGGUAGGGGUCUCUGUUCAAGAGCUGGAUCUCCUCUCUGAAUGUAUUCCCAAGGAAUCAGGAAUAUUUACUGGAAAAUGCCUGCAGCUGAAUUUUACCAUGACUUGGGGAGACUCUCAUUACCUUGGACUGACAGGACUUGAAGUGAUAGGAAAGAAUGGUCAUGCAUUAAAAUUAAGCACAGAACAGAUGUCUGCUUCACCCCAAGACUUAAAUGAUCUUCCAGAGUAUACAGGAGAUUGCAGAACAUUAGAAAAAUUAAUAGAUGGGACUAAUAUCACAGUAGAAGAUGACCAUAUGUGGCUCAUUCCCUUCUCUUUUGGAGAAGAUCAUCUACUCACAAUCCAUUUUGAUAAAAUUGAAAGUAUUGCAGGGCUUCGCUUUUGGAACUAUAAUAAAUCUCCAGAGGAUACCUAUAGAGGGGCUAAGGUAGUCCACGUGUUGCUGGAUGGGCAGCGUGUCUCCCCGCUGGAGGGCUUUCUUAUCCGCAAGGGACCUGGCAACUGCCAUUUUGACUUUGCCCAAGAAAUUCUCUUUCUUGACUAUCUGCAGCCCCAGCUGAGUAAUAAAGUCCAAAAGAGGGCUGUUUCAAAGAGAAUGGAACAAGCUAGUAUGGACUAUGAAGCACCAUUAAUGCCAUGUGGUUUUGUUUUCCAGUUUCAGCUUCUGACAAGCUGGGGUGAUCCAUACUACAUUGGUUUGAAUGGACUGGAGCUGUUCAAUGAACAUGGAGACCAGAUCUUGCUGACUGAAAACAAUAUUGCUGCUUUUCCAGAUAGUGUGAACAUCUUAGAAGAUGUAUCUGGAGACAUCCGAACUCCAGACAAGCUGAUUGACAGGGUGAAUAACACGACAGAUGGCAGACAUAUGUGGCUUGCACCAGUUCUUCCUGGCUUGGUGAAUAGGGUAUAUGUCAUUUUUGAUGUACCUACUACUGUGUCAAUGAUCAAGUUAUGGAAUUAUGCAAAAACUCCUCAGAGAGGUGUGAAAGAAUUUGGUCUUCUGGUGGAUGACUUGCUUGUGUACAAUGGGAUUCUGGAUAUGGUGAGCCAUGUGGUAAGAGGCAUCCUACCCACCUGCGAUCCAGUGGUCCCGUAUCAUACCAUUCUCUUUACAGAUGAUGAGAAGAUUUGCCAUCAGGAGAAGAGAACUGUUAUUAGCAAUCAUGUCGGAGAUCAGGAUGUACGAAUGAUGAAUGAAAAUGAGAUUGUCACCAACAGCAAAAAGAAGCAGGUUGUGGCUGAUCCAGCUUUGCGUCCAAAAACCUGCAUAUGUGAGAAAGGACCACAGAGGAGGAAAAGAUAA